AUGACGACUGUUGAAACUGAUGAAAAUCGGUUUUUCGUACGAAAUAAUUCAUCAUCUGGAAGAAAUACUGAUGAUCAACAACCUCCGGUAACUCCAUCAUCUGCUGACCAGACAGUAUAUGAUUGGGAAAGUGAUAAAAGACGUUCAAAACCAUUAGAUGAUGGGACGAUGUCUUUCUUUUGGCGUGCACAUACUAUAACAUGUCUAGUUAUAGCUAUGUCAUAUUUAUUCUAUGUUGCUAUUUUGGAACAACCAUCAGAAGAUUCAUCUUAUAAUACGAAACGAGGUCUCCUAGCAUGUGCUGGGUUUUUUCUUGUCUUUGGUAUGACACAAACACCAGAUGGUGUUUUUCUUCGACCUCAUCCUGCUCUGUGGCGUCUUGUGCUUUGUUUCAGUGUACUCUAUGAAAUUGUACUUAUCUACAUUCUUUUUCAAACUGUAGAUGAAGCAAGACAAUUAAUAAAACAUAUUGAUCCAUCAUUAGGUAUACCAUUACCAGACAAAGAUUAUGGUGGAUCAUGCCGUAUUUAUGAUUGGGAACAUCCAGAAGAUCCAUUUCAUUUUUUCAAAGAGAAAAUGGAUUUUUUUGUUCUAUCACAUUUUUUUGGUUGGUGGUUAAAAACAUUAAUUAUUCGUGAUUAUUGGCUUUGUAUGGUAACAUCAAUUGGUUUUGAAAUUCUUGAAUAUUCACUUGAACAUCAAUUACCAAAUUUUAGUGAAUGUUGGUGGGAUCAUUGGAUACUUGAUGCACUUAUUUGUAAUAGUGGUGGUAUUUAUUUGGGUAUGAAAACAUGUGAAUAUUUAAAAAUGAAACGUUACAAUUGGCGUGGACUUUGGACAAUACCGACUGUUCGAGGUAAAAUCAUGCGUGCCAUAGGUCAAUUUACACCUCAUGAUUGGCUUGAGUUUGAUUGGCGUCCAACAGCAUCUUUAAAACGAUGGCUUGCAAUGUUAUUUAUAACAUGCUUCUUAUUUCUUAUAGAAUUAGGCACAUUCUAUUUGAAAUUUAUUCUAUGGAUUCCACCACCACAUUAUCUAUGUCUUUCUCGUUUAUUAUUUUUUCUACUUGCUGGUGGAGUAGCAAUGCGUGAAAUGUUUGAAUAUUUGGACAAUCCUCAAUGUAAAAAAUUUGGUCGACAAUCAUGGGUUAUAACAGCUAUUGUUAUAACAGAAGUAUUAAUUGUAUUUAAAUUUGAUUGGGAAACUGUUACAUUACCAUUACCAUUUCAUAUUGUACUUGUUUGGGUAACAAUUGCAAGUGCAACUAUUUUAUGGACAUUAUAUCAAUUUUGGUUUAAAAGAUUUAUUCUAUGGGGACAGAAAAAAAAUAAUCAAAAUGCAAGAAAAAAUCAAUGA